AAGUAAUAAAUCACAGAAUUUUCAUUUUUGGGUGAACUAACCCUUUAAAGGGACUUUAAAAAUGUUUUCCGUGUAAACAACAAAAACGCGAAUCUGUGAAAAUGAUGAUGUCCACAUGCGCAUUACAUGUUGUUCAGUCUAUGUUUCAUCGCCGUAAUAACAGACAUAAUGUUAUGUCUAUGGCAUAGAUCUAUGGCCAUAAUGGCCUGCCAGCAGAAUAGUUCAUUUUCACGGAUUCGUAUGAAUGUGGAUCGUUUUGAUAAUGGUGUCGUCUGUACGCGCGGAAAACUCAAAGGAAAAAUUUCUCUGUUUUAAGCAUAUCGUUGUCGUAGAUUGUCCUUAGAUUGUUAGUAACUUUGCCUGGCCUGAAAAUACGUGAAUAAUUUGCACAUGGGAAAUACUCAAGGUAAACAUAUGCAGAUAUAUUUCUCUCCUUUAGGUGUCACUGUUGUUUGAUCUUCCUCAGGUAAUUAGGCCUAUGCUGAGGUGCGCUAAUGAAUCUUCUCAGUUUUCAGGUAUAUCAAGGUCACAGAAAUGUAGACGGGCAUUACUAGGGAGGGAGGGAGCAACGAACGGUCUAUACGAACUAAGACUAGGAGCCUUUGCAUUUCUGCUUUGGACAUCCCCGCCGCAAAUGUGAUGCAGUCGCUUGCACAAGAAAUAAAAUCCUUCUCCAAAACUAAUUUGCGGAAACAAUGCACCAGAGUAACGACUUUGAGCGGAAGGCGGAUUAUUGAGACAUGGAGAGGUUCCACUGUACAGGUGGUUGAGGAAACAGUACAGCCUGAAACUGCUUGUGGAUAUGUUCAGGAUAAUAACUGGGAUCUUCAGGUUGGAUAUAUUAAACCAUAUCUGUUGCUUGGGUCACAAGAUGCCGCUCAUGACUUUGGUACUUUGAGGAAAUAUAAGGUCACACAUAUAUUAAAUGUUGCAUAUGGUGUGGAAAAUGCCUUUCCUGACCUGUUCAUCUAUAAAACACUGAGCAUACUGGAUCUACCUGACACUGAUAUCAUAUCGUAUAUCAAGGAGUGUGCACAGUUUAUAGACCAGGCUAAAGAUGAGAAAGGAGUCGUACUUGUCCACUGCAAUUCGGGAGUUUCGCGUUCUGUCUCAGUUGUCAUUGGAUAUCUGAUGUUAAAGGAAAAUCAGGCAUUUGGUGACACAUUUGCACUGGUGAAAUCAGCUCGACCGGCCUCGUGUCCAAAUCCAGGUUUCAUGGAACAGCUGAAAAACUUCAGACCACAAGACGCUACACAAGCAAACGGUUUGGGUCAUGACUGAACAUUAUUCUAUGGCUGCAUCCACUCAAUGUUAAAGAGAUAAUUCACCACGUAAUUAAAAUUCUGUCUUAAUUUUCUCAUCCUCACACCAAACUUUCUUUAUAUUAGGUGUCUUUAAAGGUGCAAUAUGUAGAAUUUUCUGUCCGCUAGAGGUAGCUAGAGGCCUAUUCAAAACAAAGGCGUAGCUUGAUGACGCCAAGUUUGAGUGCGU